AUGGAGAACACAAUGCCCGACGACGCCUCCCGCCUGUGGGCUAUUAAGCAGGAAAAGGCUGACGAGUUGAGCGCGAUGCGUGCCCAAGUCGUGCAGGCCUCGGACGCCACAUCAUCCACUGUCCAGACUGGUAGUGGCGUCGUGUCUACGCCUACCACAGCCGGCCCAAGCCGACCGUUUCCUACAAUCUCGAAGAACGAGGGCAAAUCGCCGACGCCUUCGAGAUAUACCCCACAGUUUACAGCCUCGACCAAGCAGAUUUUGAGCCGAAUCAAGAACGAGAAUGGCAGUGGAAGCAACUCCUCCCCGUCCCUUGGCUUCACCACCGCCCAACUCUCCGCCCCAGCAAAGGCAACUUACGAAGACGUUAAGCGCAGACUCGUGGAGACGCUCAGCACAUCGACAACUUUGCCAAUGCCGACAGCAUCACCCAGACCUACCGCAGCAGCCGCCACGUAUGCCAAUCAACUGCCAUCACCUAGCGGGGUCAAGAGGAAGCGAGGAUCAGACGAGCAUGACGGCAGGCCACCAACGCGCCCCACACCCCGAGACGAACCUCAGCCCGUUGCCAUCCAGCCCCCGAAACCGCCUGCCAAAAGGAAACGCGUCAAGGAUUCUUCCAUGUGUGUGAAGUGCCAGCGCAGCUCGGAUACUGCCGCAAACCUUAUCAUCACUUGUGGCUGCGGCGAGGCCUGGCACCAGCUCUGUCACGAUCCCCAGGUCUCUGAGGAAACAGCUAGCAACCCUGCCACUUUCAAGUGCAGCACUUGCGUCGUCGAAGACAAGGCGCAGGCUAACUAUCAAGCCAAACUGGUUAAGUACCGCGAGGCGAAGCAGCAGCAAUCCGAUCUGAAGAAGCAGCGGGCCGAAGUGGAGAGAUUGAGGACGAGGAAUCUCGAGGGUCUGCCAGAUUUCAUCAAGCCUGAGCUGGUGGGAUUCGGGGCUGGCGAUGCCAGCACUGAUGCGAGGAGAGAGUAUUUCGAGGAACUCCGUAGGACGGACUUGCUUAAUCUACUGUCUUUCAGUGAGCGAAUCAAGCCUGGCCUGUUGGUGGACAUUCUCGUUUCGCAGCCCGAAAGCUCUCGUACGAAUGUUCUCGCAAACGGCACUGGAAACCACUUACCACCCAAGCGUUCCAAGCAACGCUCCAAGCCCGGUGGUGUGCGACCCAUUUUGCAGUUGACGACCGCCCCUGAGGCCGAUGCUGCACCAGAGGACAAUGAGGACGAUUAUCUUCACCCUAAUUGGCCAAAAGCGGGAAAAGGACUCUAUGCCACUCUGCCCCCGGAGAAGGAAGACUCACAUUACCUGGAGGACGAUAACGACGAGGAGGCAUUCAGCCAUUUCUUUGUUGAUGAUGUCGACGACGGCGAUGAGGGCAGUGUCAGCAGUAAGACCAAGGGGAAGGGAAAGGCGGUAGCCAGAGUUACCGCUCAGGAGCCAGCUCAGAAGACAGCUCAGAAGCCAGCUCAGAAGCCAGCUCAGAAGCCAGCUCAGAAGCCAGCUCAGAAGCCAGCUCAGAAGCCAGCUCAGAAGCCAGCUCAGAAGCCAGCUCAGAAAGCAGGUACCAGCACCAGCAGCAGCAAGGCGCAGGGGAAGGGAAAGGCUGUCUCGAUGGCGCCCGUCAUUGUGGAUCUAGACAAUGGCAGGGCCAGCAGCAAAGUGAUGGCAGAGGGGAAAGCUAAAGCUACCACUAGUGUGCCUGUCGUUGAGCUUGACAUCGACAACGGCGAGGGAAGCAGCAAGGGAAAGAGCAAGAUCCCAAGGUACACGGGGGCAGGAGCGGCCACGAAGGGAAGCAAGGCGAAUAAGGGCGCGAAUAAGACAGCGACGACAAACAAGACAGCAGCAACAACAACAAACGCUGUGAGGACGGCCUCUGCGGUAGUACCUCCCGCGCAGCCGCAACGCCGUGGUCGCUCUACCAGGACAAGUCUCUCAGCGGCUGCUGAUGCCGAGCUUUACGCCAACCAUCCGGAAGCACGAAAGCUGGCGUCCUGGUUCUAG